AUCGAUUUGCACGCAACAAAUCCUGCAAUCCACGGGUACUGCGAGACCGCGCCAACGAUUUUAUCUCAACAUCAUCUCAAAGCAUCGACAACAUCAAGCAAAAAUGGCAGACCACGAGAAUGAAAUUAUCAAGUGCAGGUUCUGGAACUGCGCCAAGCAGUUCGAGACGGCUGAGGAGCUCCGGGACCACAUCGCUGAGGACCAUCCCGGGGACAAUGUGUGCGAGCACUGCGGCCAGGCGUUCUUGGACAAGGGAUCCCAGGCCUUUCACAAGAAGAAACACGACGCUCCCACUGCGUUCAAGUGUUUCAUCGACGGCUGCGAUCACGCCUACUGGCGUGCCGACUCGCUGGGCACCCACCUGCUCAGCAAACAUGGAGAGCUGAUCCGCCAAGCGGUUGACCAGUUCCGUAAGUUUGGCCCUCACGACUUGGUCACCCACUCUCCACCAUUCGUUAUAGAAGCUCGAGACUAAGACUCCGGGUUCACUAGAGCGUGCGAAGCGUCACCGCAGCCAGGGUGGCAAGACCGUUCCCGGAUACAAGCUGUUCAACUGAUUCCUCUGGACUUGCCUUGUUGUGUUCAGCAGUUCGACAACAACGCAUGCACAACGGAGAUUGGUCACCUCCGGGUCUGUUAAUUGACUAUGUGCAUCAGUCGUUGGUUGGCGCCAUCAAGGCAU